UUUGAUGAGGAAGACAACCCAACGAGAGGGGAACUUUCUACGAUGCCUGUCCGGCUUUGGCGGGCCCCGCUCCUCCCUCCCAUAACGUGUGCUAAACCCCGCCACGACCUUUCAACGGCGAAAUCAGGCACGUAUUUAAUCUGACCCGUCAACUUCUCAUCUGUUCCGUUUCGUAGAUCGCGUGCUUAUCACCCGUGCCAACGGACUGAUCUUUUUGGUACCCCAGCAGCCACUAAGGAGGAAAUAAGAGGUUUGACCAAAGAGUAAAAUGCAAAUCCCCUAUCAACAUGUGGAUAUAUCUCCGAGACCUAAAAGAUGGAAACUUUGGCAUCAAACCCGGUAAAUACUAUGCCUCUCUCUCUGUUUUUCUCGACAAAGCCAUAAUCUUUGUGCUUCCCAAAAAGCUCAAAAACUCAAGAGGAAAAAAGAGAGAGAGAGUGUGUGUGUGUGUGUGUAGCUAUGGGGUUGAAGAAGAUUGAGCUAAUUGGAUUUGUGUUUCUCUUUCUACUUUCUUUCUCUACCCACUCUCCAACUUCUACAUCAUCAGCAGAAGCCGCCUCUGCUUCCCCUGUUCCCACAACCAGCAACAACGAUUCCACAUGUCCCAUGGAUCUUAACUACGUGCUGAGAAUCCCAUGGAACACCACCAGCUGCCGAACCUCUCAUCAGCCUCCACCAUCAUCAUCAACAACUAGAGCCUCAGCCUCCCAAAACAACACCGUUUCUGAGCCUUGUUGUCAGUCCAUCUUGUCCCUCUUUGGCAUAUCUCUUGCCCAGCACCUCAAAGAAACCUCUCUUUUCCAGCUCCCAAAUCUCUCAACCUCCAUUGCGUGCCUCAACGAUUUCCAGUCCAAGCUCUCUUCCCUCUUCCUACCUGAUGGUCUUGUCUCUUCCUGCUUUGACCCUCUUCAGUUUGUCAUCACACCCAAUAUCUGUGCCCAUAUCAGGUCCACUCAGGACUGGGUCAACGUUGUUGGGCACACCACUGAGCUUGAUUCGGCUUGCCGGCCUGACCUUACCGAGCUCACAUACUGUGACGGCUGCGUGGCGGCGGGUUUUCGGAUUCAGUCCAAGUUGAUUUCAAUUGAUGGUAAUAUUUCUCACUCCAAGGAUUGCUUUUACUUCACCAUUCUUUAUGCUGCUGGUAUUAUCAAUGAGUUUGGGCCUGAGAGCAAUGGUGCCGCUUCGUGUAUUUUGGGUUUGUCUUUGGAAUCUGAUGUGGGUUCUCCGAGUAAGAGCCAUAUGGCUCUUGUUUUCGGGUUAACCGGAGCUGGGGUUGCGGUGCUUGUUAUGUCAAGCCUGCUGGGGCUGUAUUUUUGGUAUGAUAAAAGGUGGAGGAAAGGUGAUGGAGGAAGGUCUGGCGGGCAAUAUGGUAUAGAUUUGGAGGAGUCAGGGCCUAGGCCUAGAGUGAGACCUAAUACAGGUUCAAUUUCGUUUAAAAUUCAAGAACUUGAGAAGGCCACCAAUAACUUUUCGCAGAAGAAUUUCAUAGGCAGAGGUGGGUUUGGCCUGGUUUACAAGGGGGUGUUACCUGAUGGAAGUAUGAUUGCUGUUAAGAGAGUUAUAGAGUCAGAUUUUCAAGGGGAUGCUGAGUUUUGCAAUGAGGUUGAGAUUAUUAGCAACUUGAAGCACCGGAAUCUUGUCCCGCUUAGAGGUUGUUGCGUGGUCGAUGAACAUGAUGAUCAUGAAGGGAGGGAGAGCCAGAGGUACCUUGUUUACAAUUACAUGCCUAAUGGAAAUUUGGACGACUAUCUUUUUCCUCGUUCGGAUAAGCAAGGUGGACUUACCAACAAUCCUUUGACCUGGCCUCAGAGGAAGAGCAUAAUCUUGGAUGUGGCAAAGGGGUUAGCUUAUUUGCAUUAUGGGGUGAAGCCUGCAAUAUAUCAUCGAGAUAUUAAGGGCACAAACAUACUCCUAGAUGCUGAUUUGAGAGCAAGAGUAGCAGAUUUUGGACUUGCAAAACAAAGCAGGGAUGGCCAGUCUCAUCUGACAACUAGAGUGGCAGGGACUCAUGGUUACUUAGCCCCUGAAUAUGCUCUUUACGGGCAGCUGACCGAGAAGAGUGAUGUUUAUAGCUUCGGUGUUGUUGUUUUGGAGAUUAUGUGUGGGAGGAAAGCUCUUGAUUUGUCUUCCUCUGGAUCUCCACGUGCAUUUUUGAUCACAGAUUGGGUGUGGUCAUUAGUAAAAGCUGGAAAAAUAGGACAGGCUAUAGAUGCUUCAUUGCUGAAGGAUGAGGAUUCUUUGAGUCCGAAUCCAAAGAGUAUAAUGGAGAGAUUUGUGCUCGUAGGGAUUUUAUGUGCUCAUGUAAUGGUGGCUUUAAGACCUACCAUUAUGGAUGCACUGAAAAUGUUGGAAGGAGACAUUGAGGUUCCUCCAAUUCCUGAUCGGCCAAUGCCUCUAGGGCAUCCUUCCUUUUAUGGCGACGGUAAUACUUUCAGCAUAUCACCAGCUUUGAGUGGGCCAAAAUUACAAUCUGGAGACAUGCUCAGGUUUUUGGAAGAGUGAAGCACUUCUGUGAGGAUCGAGUACUUGGAUGGAUCCAACUUUCUAUUCUUUAUUCUUUCCUUUAUCCUUUUCAUUAUAUGAUCAGGCACCAGAAGGAGUGAUAUUUUCUUUCAUAUGAGCAAAAAGUAAGGGUUAGGAAUGCAGAAUUCUUGGUAUUUUGGUAAGAAUUACACUUGCAGAAGCUGGGAAUGAUCCAUGUCCUUAUAGAAACUCUGAAACUACCAUACAUUUUCACUAAGAGAAUAACGUGUAGGAGUCGGUUUAGACUUAGGAACAAGGGAGGUCUCUACCCUGAAAAGUUGAAAACUUUUAUAUUCAAUCCCCUAAAAUAAUACAAAAAAAAGAAGAAAUGAAAAAUAUGUUGAAGGAAUUUCUCAGAAGAUCAGUGGUGGGGUAUGUAUGCGUAGUGUUAGGAGUUGGGACGUCAAUGUCAGUCAACAAAGUUGAAGUAAUAUGGUGGGAUACGAAAGCAGAUAAAAGUCUACUUUUCUCCAUAAUUUUGAGUUAUUUUCUAUUUUCGUCAGCAAAUUUUUUUCCACCAUGAUUGAUGGAGUUUAAACAAUGCCUCAAAUACAAUCCAAAAAGGAGAUUUUUA